CGAACCCCAGAGGGGUAAUUUCGGAAAUGUGCAUUAUCUUCCACCGUACUGUGUAAAAUCUAAGCUAAAAUUCCCUUUCCCUCUCUGUUUCUCUCUCUCUCUGUGCAAGACCGAGAGAAAGACUUUAAGAGUUGUCAGUCCGGUUCGACGACCUCCGGAGUGUUUUUACCUCCGGUUCCCAAAUUCCAGAGCGUACAGUUUGACGUCUUUAUCUUCUGUAUUUCAACUCCACUAACAAACUCUCUGUUCGUUCAAAAACCCUCCCUCCACCUAAUCCCUUCAAUUCCCUCCAUGGCCGAAAAAUCCAAGCUUCACUAGCUUCUGAUUCUUUUCUUCCUCCUUCCGCAUUCUUCUCAACAGGUACAUCUUUAGGCACCUGCGUGAAAGCACACACAUUAAGAAGAAAAUUGAUUGUCCAGAAUAGAGUCAUUUAAUUCAAGUUUAAAGCCCAAAAUCCACGAGGAUGUUGAGUCCAAUGUUGUGAAUUUUGCAGUUGUUUUAUAUUGGUCGUUUGUUUCUUCUAAAGGUCAGCAUUGUUCUUCAAUAGUUGGGCCAGCUCCUAUAAGAAUCAUGGGGAGUGCAUUCAAUCCACAAAUUUUGGUGGAAAAGCUGGCCAAGCUCAACAAUUCUCAGGCCAGCAUAGAAACUUUAUCACAUUGGUGUAUUUUCCAUAUGAAUAAAGCAAGACAAGUUGUUGAAACAUGGGAUAGGCAAUUUCAUUGCUCAGCGCGUGAUCAAAGAUUGGCUUUCUUGUAUCUUGCAAAUGAUAUUUUGCAGAAUAGUAGACGAAAGGGUUCCGAAUUUGUUGGUGAAUUUUGGAAAGUUCUUCCUGAUGCUCUUCGUGAUGUCAUUGAAAAUGGAGAUGACUUUGGUAGAAAUGCAGCACUCCGACUGAUUGGCAUUUGGGAAGAGAGGAAAGUUUUUGGGUCUCGGGGGCAAAUUCUUAAGGAAGAGCUUAUGGGAAGGCAUCUGGAAAACAAUAAUAGAAACGGAAAGCAUUUGAAUGUUAAACUGAAACAUUCCUCUGGGGCUAUAUUGGACAAAAUAGUUUCAGGUUACCAGGUUGUUUACAGCCAAAUGGAUGAAGAAAGUAUAUUGAGCAAAUGUAGAAAUGCUAUUAGCUGUCUUGAGAAAAUGGAUAAGGAAGUUGGUAGUGAAAUCAAUCCAGGACAAUUUCAUGGAUCCACAUUUGUGGAGGAGGUGCAGGGCCAGCAUGCUAUACUGAGGGACUGUAUUGAACAACUCACAGCAGUUGAAGCGUCAAGGGCUACUCUCGUGUCUCAUCUAAGGGAGGCUCUUAGGGAGCAGGAAUUCAAGCUGGAUCAAGUCCGUAACCAACUUCAGGCUGCACAAUCUCGGUCAGAGCAGUCGGGUAAUAUCGCCCAUCCAUUUGUAAAUCAUGAGAGUCUGCAGUCACGAGCCGACCAGGGUCAGAAGGAAGUUAACACCUCUGUAGCACCACACAGCUUCAUGGCAGGAGAUAGGGAACAAUCAGCACCAGUAAUGUAUACUAAGACAUCAUCUUUUUCUGAAAAAUCUGGGCAUACAGAGGAAGACCCCCGCAAAUCAGCAGCUGCAGCAGUGGCAGCAAAGCUAACUGCAUCGACAUCCUCUGCUCAAAUGCUCUCAUAUGUCCUGUCUUCCCUAGCAUCAGAGGGUGUCAUAGGCAAUCCAAUGAAAGAAUCUCCCAGUGACUAUCAAUCUGAAAAGAGGCCUAAGCUUGAGAACGACCAAUCAUCAUACACGCUGCCUCAGAAUUCUCAACCGCCUCCGGUUCCUCCUUUUCCUCACCCGGACUCUCUGCCACACAAUCUCUCAACCAACCAGCAAUUUAAUCAAGAAGUGCCACCUCCUCCCCCAUCAUCAUCUCCUCCUCCACUGCCACCACUACCACCAAUGCCGCAGUACCCCGUGCCCCAAUUUAUGCAGACUGCUGGAUCAAUAACAAAUGCGCCAUUCAGCUACAGCAUGACCCAACAACCACCUGGCUCGAUUCCUGGUUACCCAACAGUCGGAGGAGCUUCUUUGAAUGGGAUUGCGCCUUAUGCACCACCGCCGACUUCUUACCAGAGUUUCCAGGGUCCAGAUGGUAAUUUCUACAGUCAGCCACCAUCCAUGCCAAUGGCACCAAUCUCUCGGCAAUAAAACUGUGUUUCAUCAUAGUUUGGAAGAAGAUGACUUCCUGCUGGGGCAAAAUUAAGUCUUAGGGGAUUCAAACAAGAUUCUUUCGUUAUCUCCCUGCACUGGGUCCUUGAUUGCCUAUGUACCUUUUCUUAACACCUGAUUAGAUUUGCACAUAGCUAGUGAAAGUUUGUAACUUAUAGUUUUUCAACUUUAAAAUUUAUGAAUUCCAAAAAUUAUUUCAUUGUA